AUGUCUACUCCAACUCCGGCGUCGAUGGAAGAGGCUCGCGAGCGCAUGCGUGCCAAGUUGGGUGGUGUGCGUCGGCAUGCUGGUGUGCCUCGCAAGUUCGCGUACUCGGCAGCUGCGGAGCCGGCGGUGAGAGGUGUGGACAAUGUGGACAAAGUUCGCACAGCGGUAGCACGUUUUGGUGGUCAGACGAUAGCACCUAGUGGUGAGGUGGUAUUCCACCGUGCUGAUGGACAGGUCUUACACUUUGCACAUCCCAAGGUCACCAUAGCCACCGCCUCCAACUGCACCUUCGUCUCCGGUAACCAUGCGCUCAAGAAUGGCGACGAGUUCAACACCGACAAGCAAAUGCUCGAAAUCAUUCGCAACCUAACCAUGAAACGAGCACAUGAACAACCUCCCGCCGCCGAUGAUGAUGAAGUCCCCGAACUCAUCCCUGAAGACUUCGAAGCCGAAGCAGACGCCAAGGAUGGAGUCGAAUCCAAGAAGGAAACUGACGUGGACCAGGUCGACUAA